AAAGUUGAAUUAGUAGUUGAAAUUACACCAACCCGUCCGGAGUGAGGUGUGGGUUCGAACUUGAAGUAAUCUUGUCGUCUGUGGAUUUUGAUGAUUUGCUGGCGCUAAUCGAGUAUAUACACAUUCUUUCCUCGCGCUCACCCGCAAUCAACGUGGAGCACUUUAAUAUCAACGUGGAGUUAAAUCUCGUCGAAGAAAAAGCUAGGACGUUUUGUGAUCGUGCCUAGGUCAUAGUUUACUCGACGGUAGUAGACGAGCAUUGGGAGCGAGAGCCCACAGUUUCGCUCGUUGGCUUGAAACCUGUGGGAAACCGUGUGCAAUUUAUAAGAACUAGACAUUACCCGACUUUAGCAAAAGUUGGAGAGAGGGAAUUUACCCGGGGUGAAUAUCGUGGUAUCGUCUUAUGUCGACUUGACGUUGAUUGGUCACGCACCUCAAGGAGAAAGCGAGAAGGGUCUAGAUUCGAUCAAAUAAGUCCAUGAAGAUGCUAACUUUGGACCAUCGUCGCAGCAGCGCGGGCGUGCGCGCGUCUAUAUAAGCGGGGCAGUCUACGUCAUUCUCAAAUGAGAUGCAUAACGUGCUUCUCUCGGAUGCUACACAGUAGUGUUGGAUCUUCGAGUUUCUUGCGCAUUUUGUAAGAUAUCUACCACUCGCCAGACCGAACUGCUGUGAUCACCUGCAGACACGCCAGGCUCUAAAACACUUUCGAAUUUCCAAAAAAACUGUAUUGGAAAGUUGCAUUCUGAGGGCAUGGCAGCAUGGCGUUAUCUGGCCGUCUUCUUUGUGUUCCAUCACAUAAUUCAGAUUUUUCAGACCUUCGUCGUCCAUGGCACAGCUCUGCAUGGCUGUGGUUCCGAUUUGGAUGCGAGCAUUUUGGCGAUGCCGUUUUGUAACAUAUCGAUUCCUAUUGCGGACCGAACGUUGGAUCUUGUAUCUAGGCUCACGCUGCAAGAGAAAAUUGCACAGCUGGUAAAUACUGCGCCCGAGGUGACCCGUUUGGGAAUACCACGUCAUGAAUGGUGGAACGAAGCCUUGCACGGGGUAGCCUAUAGUCCAGGCGUUACAUUCACGGGGCCUGCCAGUGGCGCUACGAGCUUCCCACAACCAAUACUGACAGCUUCAUCUUUCAACAUGACUUUAUGGACACUAGUCGGCCAGGCAAUUUCUACAGAAGGGCGCGCAAUGUAUAAUCUUGGACAAUCUCAUCUGACCUUCUGGGCUCCGAAUAUAAACAUAUUCAGGGAUCCAAGAUGGGGAAGAGGUCAAGAGACACCAGGAGAGGAUCCCUUACUUACAAGUAUUUACGCAUCAACGUUCGUGAGAGCCAUGCAAGAGAUACGAUAUUCCGAUGAAGGAAGUAGGUACAAAGCACCGUUUGGGGUCCAAAUGGUACCAUCUGAGCUCGACACAACGGAGGAGCGAAGCCCUGCAGUCGGAAGAAUGUUAAAGACUUCCGUGUGUUGCAAGCACUUCACAGCUUACGAUGUCGAAAAUUGGGAUGGUAUAGACCGUUACCACUUCAAUGCUGAGGUGAGCGACCAAGACCUAGAGGACACAUACAAUCGUCCAUUUCAGAGUUGUGUGCAGGAGGGACAAGCAAGUAGCAUGAUGUGUUCGUAUAAUCGGGUAAACGGAGUUCCCACAUGUGCCAAUUAUAAUCUCCUGACUGAGACAGCGAGAAACACCUGGGGUCUAAACGGGUACAUCACUUCAGAUUGUGAUGCAGUGGAGCUCAUAUAUUCUGCUGUCAAUUACGCUCCGAGUGCUGAGGAUGCAGUUGCAGAGGUUUUGAUGGCAGGACUGGAUCUCAACUGCGGAUCGACUGCAGCAAACUUUGGGCAAUCAGCGGUAGACCAAGGAAAAGUUAAUGAAUCAACUAUCGAUCGAGCCCUGUUCGACCUGUUCUCGGUCCGUAUGCGACUUGGAGAGUUCGAUGGAGAUCCCGAGAACCAAAUUUAUGGUUCCUUGGGUUUAGACGACAUUUGUUCGCAAUAUCAUAAAGAACUUGCUAUUGAAGCUGCCGGCCAAGGCAUCGUUCUUUUGAAAAACGACAACAAUGUUCUACCUUUUUUACGCGGACACAUACAGAAGUUGGCUUUGACUGGUCCCAACGCAAAUGCUACAUCUUCUAUGCUCGGCAACUAUGCAGGCGUUCCUUGUGAGUACAUCACACCUUUGCAAGGUCUACAAACGUAUGUCGAUCUUCUACUUUACGAGCCAGGAUGUUGGGACAUAUCAUGCCAGGAUGGAGGCCUCAUAGGAGCAGCGGCAGCAAUAGCAAGUAGUGCCGAUGCUGUGGUGAUAGUCGCCGGAAUUGACCAGACGCAGGAACAAGAAACUUUGGAUCGAACAUCUCUUCUUCUACCCGGGCAGCAACAGAGCUUAAUUGAGACGGUUGCAAAUUCUUCGAAAGGUCCUGUCAUACUCGUCAUUAUGUCUGGAGGAGCAGUUGAUAUAUCAUUCGCGAAAUUUAAUCCUCAGAUACAUGGGAUUUUGUGGGUAGGCUAUCCAGGGCAAGGAGGAGGUCAGGCUCUUGCUGAUAUUCUAUUUGGGCAUCGUAAUCCAGGUGGCCGGCUCCCUGUGACAUGGUACCCUGAAUCUUUCACACAGGUGUCCAUGACGGACAUGAAUAUGAAGCCCAACACAAGCUCGGGCUAUCCAGGAAGAAGUUACCGUUUCUACACUGGAGAGACGGUCUAUUCCUUUGGUGACGGGUUGAGUUACACUAAUUUCCUGAGUACUAUCACAUCCGCCCCAUCGAGGUUUCUUAUUCCUAGCCUAGAACAGCAGCGGUGCUACCACAAUUUCAACUCGACCUCGAAGUGCCCAAAGGGAUUUCAAAAUGAGUUAACCUGCGAUACAGCAAGCUUUGAAGUGCGAGUAUCUGUAAGCAAUCAAGGUGUGAGAAGAGGAUCAGAAACGCUUAUGCUGUACUCAGUGCCACCCAAAAGUGGUAUUGGUGGAGAACCUUUGAAGCAGCUGAUUGCCUUUCAGAGGGUUUCCCUUGAUGCCUAUUCUUCAAUGGAUGUUGGUUUCGAAGUACUUCCGUGCAAGCAUCUCAGCUCUGUAAAAUAUGAUGGAACUAAGGAAUUAGUGGAAGGGACUCACACCCUUGUACUGGGAAGCAAGGAUGAGGUAUCUCACGCUGUAUCCUUCGUUACAAAUUUCUUUUGAUGAGGAGGGUUUGGAUCCGGCUAGGAAAGUCUACGCGAGAGUACCUUCUUCAAUAUGAUGUUGUCAUUUGUAUGAGGAUGAACGCAGAUGAUUCAUCACCUAAAUGGAGAUUAUGGUAAUUGUCUACGUGGUACCAUAGAUGAUAGGACUGGUCAGAUAGAUUUUCUGGUUUUUGUUUCACAAGUUCGAGUCUCAUUGUAUGAAGAAGUUUCUCAUUACUCCAAGAUCAAAGUAUCUCUACUUCUUGCUCUCCAACAAUAUCGCUAUCUUUCAGCAAAGAAUAAUUAGCCCAUGUUUCAAAACCUUCAAGAAUUCUACUAGAUAUAUUUGAAGAUCA